UAGGUUCAAGUUGUCUGCCGACUUGAACUAUGUUAUGUUGGCCUUCCGACCUCAAAGGUUGUUUCGGCACAGUUUUCUGGCUCAGUAUGACAUCUACAAUAUCAAAACAAGAAAGUUGGUGAAACUUCAGCCAGAUCUGGAUGAAUUGAUCAGGAGUCUCGGAGGAAACCCAGAUGAGAUUGGAGGCCCUGGAGGUGGUCCAGGAGGUCCCCCUGGAGGUCCCCCCGGAGGAGGUCCAGGAGGUCCCCCACCCGGCCCCCCUCCCCAACUGCCGCUUGAGUUUGCUAUGUGGGGUCCAGUAGGAUCUAGUCUUGUUUACGUUUUUGGAGCUAACAUUUACUAUAGGGAAACCCCGGAGUCCCCUGAUGUGAUGGUGUCUAUCACUGGACGUCCUGGAGUUGUCUUCAACGGUGUGGCUGACUGGGUUUACGAGGAAGAAGUUCUAAGUGAUACAAGGGCUAUCUGGUUUUCUCCCAACGGAGAUAAGGUAGGAGAAGGGGAUUGUAAAUCUAAUUGUUUAAGGUAUCCUAAGCCUGGUCGAACCAACCCUGGUGUAAAGGUUUACUCUGCCCCUGUCCGUAGUAUCAGCCGUACCCCCAGAUCUAUGAGGCUGGAUCCCCCCAGCUAUUUCAAUGAUAGAGAGAGGAUUAUCUACGCAGUUACCUGGGCUUCAGAUUCGGAGGUUUCUUUAACUUGGGAGAACAGACAUCAGAACUAUUCAGUAGUUAAUAUUUGCGAUGUCGGAGGAUCAUCUCCUGAUUGUCAGGAUGCUCUAGUGAUGACCUCUCCUAAAGGCUGGCUGGAGCUGGAGGAAGCUCCUGUUUAUACAGAGGAUGGUAGAAGGUUUGCUAUGGCUCUAUCAGCUAAUGGAUAUAAGCAAGUGAAUGUUGUGAACAGAGAUACGAACCAGAGAGUUCCAAUUACAAGCGGGGCUAUGGUUGUGACGAAUAUAUUCCACUAGGUGGAACCUGCGGAUACAACAGCUUUGAGUUUUCAACUGAUCACAGUUUUUAUGCUAUGUCUUGUGACGGCCCUCAUGUACCCCAGGUGUACAUGUAUGAAACGAAUCCGAACAGUAGACUGGAGAUCCUGGUGGACAAUGCUAAGCUAUCCUCUGAUCUAGCCGCUAAAUCUCUUCCUAAGGUUAAGCAUCUCUUUAUUAGUUUUGGUUCAGCAACUUUACGUAACUUUCAGUUUUUGGUUUUCUAAGAAAAUGUUUUUAAA